CAGGGGGCGCCAUGUGUCGAUUAUCUUCUGGACAGACGGAAACGGAUACGGGGUAUGUCGUUUCGUAUGCCGGCACCUGUUUUUGAGAUGUUGAAAGAUAUAUAUAUGUGUCAUUACACCGCUGAUUAACGCCACGAAUAAUUAAUGGAAGAAAGAGUAGAAAGACAGGAUGGAAUGCCAGAAAGUUUAUCCAGAGUACAAAAAUUGGCCAAAAAAUCACUAACCUUUUAUAAAGCAGAUCUACAAGACAAACUAACCAUUAGAGAAAUUUUUUCUAAACAUAAAGUAGAUUGUGUAAUUCAUUUUGCUGCCUUAAAAGCCGUUGGAGAAUCAUGUCGUAUUCCACUCGACUAUUAUAGAAACAAUGUAGGAGGUUCUGUCACACUUUUGGAGGUUAUGAGAGAAUUUGGUGUGAAAAGAAUUAUAUUUUCAAGUUCUGCCACAGUAUAUGGUAUUCCAAAGUAUCUGCCAAUUGAUGAAAAUCAUCCCGUUGGAUUAACAUGCACAAAUCCAUAUGGAAGAACUAAAUAUUUUAUUGAAGAAAUAAUGAAAGAUGUUACAAAAUCUGAAAAAGUAAAUUUAUCACUUCUUAAAGUAUAUUAGUUAUUAUUUAAAAUUUUAAUUAUUUCUUACCACUAAAAGUCAGUAAGUUUAUAAAUAAAUGCGCUAUUUUAUGAUAAAUAUAUUUCACAAGUUUUAUUGAAUAAUGAAUGUAAUGUUUAAUUUAUUAGCUCCAUAUCUUUGGAAGACCCUGCAUAUCAAAAAAUAUGCUUCAAAAACCCUAUUUCUUUUUAUUUGAUUCAAACUUUUCAGAAUUUUAUUUUUAAAAUUGAAUUUUUUUUUCACUUCAGUUUUAAACAAACCAAAAAUUUGAGAAUGAAAAAUAUGAAUAGUAG